AUGUCUCGAUCUCGCCACGCCAAGCCUUCCAGAUUAGGCAGGAGGGAAGAUGUAAACAAAAAGAAAAACAGUCAACUGAAGAAGACCUUCAGGCCAGUCAACAGAAACGUGACAUCAGGCAAGACCAUGAGCCCUGGACAAUUAAAGCAAUUCAUUCAAGAAAGGGAGGUUAAGAAAAAAACAGAACCCAAACCACCACCCAUGCCAGUCAGAAGCCUGCUGACAAGAGCCAGCGCAGCACGAAUGAAGUUGGAGAGGACUGAGGCUCUUUUUCGGAACCCGGAGUCCUUAACUUGCAAUGGCUUUACAAUGACUCUCCGAAGAACCUCCCUUAGCAGGCGACUCUCCCAACCCCCACUGGUCAUAGCCAAACCCAAGAAAGUCUCACCUCCUAAGAAUUUAGAAAAGCAACAUAAGUGUGAUCAUAAGGUGACGCCCUCAGAGAAUGAUUCUGUACCAACACAAGACCCCCUAAUCCCUCCUGAUACAGAGAAUCUAAUGGACAUACAAAAUGCAUCUUUAGUUCCCGAUGAGAGCCAAGGGACAGCCCAGUCUUGGUGCCAAAGGGUCGAGGAUUCCAAAAUAAAUUUUCCCACUCACAGUGGCCCUGCAGCAGGCAUCCUUUCUGGGGCACUGGAAGGGACACAUGGUGGUGAAGGACUGUUCUCUAAAGAGACCUUGGAUGACAUCAGUGAUUCCCCAAGGAUGUUUGCUCAGGACACUCUGGGUGCUCCUUUGCCCCUUCGAGCAGACCUUCAUGUUACCUCGGAAGGAAACAGCAGCAUUCAGGUAGAAGAUUUGGGUUCACAAGUAGAAUCUCUUAAGCUAUCUGAUUCUUACCCGAAUCCCAUCCAAAGUGAACAUGAUUGCUGCCCCACCUCCAGCUUUAAUAAGGUUAUACCUGAAUUGGACCUUAGAAACUAUUUGUCAAUUGAUGGGUCAGUGUAUUCUACCUCAUUAUUAAAGCUCUUCUUGGCAGGUUCAGAACAAGGAGCCCUUGGUGCUGAACCAGAUCAUCUGGAGGCCCUCAAGGCUACUCCAGAUCAGCAGGAAGUUCCUGAUAACACCCCUGUCUUAGGACAGGCCUUUAGUGCAGUCCCACAUCAAUGGGAAAUUCCUGGUGCUAAUCUGGUUCAUGGAGAGGCUCUGGGUGAGACCCCAGGCCCACCAGAGAUCACUGGUGCUAUUUCAGUCCAAGGAGAUGUCUUUGGUGCCAUCCUCAAUCAGGAAAUCCUUGGUCCAUACCAGAUGGGAGCCAGUACUGCCUCAGACCCAUCUGUCUUUCUUCCUGCUCCUCUAAACCCAGUUGCUACCUAUAACGCUCUCCCAGAAUGGCCUGAUCCCCAGAGCACGGUUUCAUACGGGCUUGAGGUCCAAGGUUCUAUGCAGAUUUUACCUUUGGGCUCAGGUCACGGUCCUCAACCAUCCUCCAACUCAGAGGUAAAUUCCGAACCUCCAGUCAUGGCUAUAAACAAUGUGGACAAUGAGAAGCAAGUCCAUCUAAGCUUUCCACCAGCUGACACUCAGGGGUUUGCAUUAGCCCCUGAGGAAGGACUCCACCAUGCUUCACAGAGCCUUGCCCAAGACGCCCAGGCUGGUCCCAGCAAAUCGGAAGGAGGGAGCUCCCAGGUGGACACCACAGUGGUGUCUACGCCAGUGUCACUUGCCAGUACCUCCUCUUCUCCUUCCCACACAACUGUGCUACCUACUUUGGAAAAGAAGAAACGGAAGCGAUGUGGGGUCUGUGGGCCCUGCCAGCAGAAGGCCAACUGUGGUGAAUGUACUUACUGCAAAAACAGAAAGAACAGCCACCAGAUCUGUAAGAAGAGGAAAUGUGAGGAAUUGAAAAAAAAGCUACCCGGCCUUGUGCCUAAGGUUAUAAAGGAAAACAAGAGGCCCAAGAGGGAAAAGAAGCCCAAAGUUUUAAAGGCAGAUUUGAAAAACAAAGCAGUAAAUGGCCCCAAGUCAGUAUCCAUGGACUACAGUGGAUGUGGUCAUGGGGAAGAAAAAAGAUCGGAAUUGAACCCACAUCCCCCUGAAAAUGUAACUGAAAAUGAAGAAAGUACGACAGGUAUUGAAGUGGAGAAGUGGAUGCAGAGCAAGAAAUCACAUGUAACAGAUCAAGUCAAAGGAGAGGUUAAGGCAAUUGUGACGGAAGGUGAAAAACUGGGAAACUCUGAAGAUGACACGAAAAAAGUCCUACCUGACCCUCAAAAUUUGUUUGCACAAACGGUAAAUGGCAUUAAAAAUGUACACUACUUACCAACAGAAACAGAUGUGUCUUUUACAAAAUUCAACAUUGAAAAAUUUGGCAAGGUGUCUGAAAACAAUUCCUAUAAACCCCUGAUAGACACUGCAAACCAGAACAAUGCCAUGAGCUCCAUUGCUGCUAAUGCAAGCAGCGAUCAUCUUACGGGGAGAAGCGAUGUUUUUGUCUUCCAGAAGCCUGGCUCUGAGUCUUUUCCUGAUCCUGCAGAUUUCAACUGCAUGAGUCCUAUGAGUACACGCAAUGAAAGUGAUCAACCAAAAUCUCUAGAAAAUAUACCAACUUCAGAACCAAUACAUGGAUCUCCAGUUCAACAAAAUCUUCUAUCCCUAGUGACAGAUAGGACAUUAACGCAGGAGCAAGUGGAUGUUAUAGAAGCUUUGGCUCAGCUUUCAAAACCCCCUGCAGAAAAUUCCUCACCAUCAACGUCUGAGAAGGAUGAAGAAAACGAGCAGAUGUCAGCUAGUUUGCUUAACUAUACAGCUUUAAUCUAUUCUCUAACAAAAGACCCCGAAGAACCGUUUUUGCAGGGGGAGCCUCAAAGCCUUCACCAUUGUCCAUCUGUAGAAAAGCAAAGUUCAUGCAACACGGUGGUGUUCAAUGGCCAGAAUAACAUUUCCAUGUCACAUAACAGUGCAGCUACUGACCAAGUAUCCCCGAAGCCACAGGAAUAUUCAAAAGCAAAAAAUUCCACAUCUCUUUUUACACCAAAUUCUAGUUCAUCUGAAAUUGACACCAAUCAAAAUGCUGUUCAUAAUAGCAGUAUUCUUGACAGUUGUUCAGAAAAUUUGCAUGAGAAACCAUCAACAAGUGGUGAAUUGGGGUCCUGCAACCAGUUACUGGACAGCAGCAAAAAGUUAGACUCAAAGGAUGAUCCAUCAUCAUGUCAAGAUACAGUUCAUAGUCAAAUAGAGGAAGAUGUUGCUACCCAGUUAACACAACUUGCAUCAGUAAUUGAAUUCAAUUAUAUAAAACCAGAGGAAACAAAUGUUGAAAGUACAUCAACAAACCUUGUGUAUAACGUGCAAAAACACAGUCAGGAGAAGAACACGAUAAAACCGAAAUCACGUUCCAGUGUAAAAAAUAACCAUGGCUCAUCAACAAAGCAAAAGAACAAAACCCGGAAAAAGACAAAAUCUGCUCCAUCCAGAGAAAGGCGGAAAAAGAAGCCUGCAGUCACAAGUUGUCAAGAAAAUGAUCAGAAAAAGCAGGAAAAGUUGUCAUAUGAGUAUAAUAAGCUACAUGACAUUUGGAUAGCGUCUAAAUUUCAAAGAUUUGGUCAAAUUGGUCCACGUGAUUUUCCUAUUCGGUUGGGAAAAAUUCCUCCUGUAACCCACGUACGGACAACACUUACUCAAGCAAGUUUAGCAUUAAAACACAAGAAAUUAUUUCCUCCACUGGCCCAGAUAAAAUUUGAGCGAAAUUCUGAAUUAGCACAGGAAGAAAUGAUGAAUGUUGAUCCGCUGCAUUCUCACUCCAUAUUCCAUUUAAAAACAGAAUCCAAUGGGCAGGCGUUUACAGAAGAAGUUUCUCAUUCUCAGGUACAGCCCAUCGUGCAUGUCAGUCAGGAAGCCCAUCCUGUACUCCAGUCCUCCUCUCCCACCAAUCCGUGUGCUAAUGUGAUGGCUGACCAUGACCGAACACAGUUCCAGCAGGAUGUGAAAGACCAACUCAUGCAUCAGACGCUGCCAGCAUUGCCUAGCAUCUCUCAUGAGACCCCUUCAUCGGACCCAGGACAAGUGCUCAGGAAUGUAAAUGUAGAACGUUCAGGUGGAAUCACAGUGGUUUCUACCACAAAUGAAGAAGACGUGUUUUUACCUAGUGUUGGAGCAUCCGAAGUUUCCCCAAUAGAAAACGCACAUAAUUUUCAUAAUUAUGCCAUGAACUUUUUAACGAAUUCUACAAGAAACCUGGUGUCCACAACGAAAGAUUCUGAAUUGCCAAGCUGCAACUGCCUUGAUCGAGUUAUACAAAAAGAAAAAGGCCCAUAUUAUACGCACCUUGGGGCAGGACCAAAUGUUGCCGCUGUCAGGGAAAUCAUGGAGACUAGGUAUGGGCAGAAAGGAAGUGCAGUAAGAAUAGAAAAAGUAAUAUAUACCGGAAAAGAAGCGAAAAGCUCUCAUGGAUGUCCUGUCGCUAAGUGGGUUUUAAGAAGAAGCAGCGAAGAAGAGAAGGUUCUUUGCUUGGUUCGGCAGCGUACAGGCCACCACUGUCCAACAGCAGUGACGGUGGUGCUGAUCCUGGUAUGGGAUGGCAUUCCCCUUCCCAUGGCAGACAGACUGUAUACGGAGCUUACCCAAAACCUGAGGACGUACAAUGGGCAUCCCACAGACCGAAGAUGCACGCUCAAUGAAAAUCGUACCUGUACAUGUCAAGGAAUUGAUCCUGAGACUUGUGGAGCUUCAUUCUCUUUUGGCUGUUCGUGGAGUAUGUAUUUUAAUGGCUGCAAAUUUGGUAGAAGCCCAAGCCCUAGAAGAUUUAGAAUUGAUCCAAGUUCUCCCUUACAUGAAAAAAACCUUGAAGAUAAUUUACAGAGUUUGGCCACACAAUUAGCUCCAAUUUAUAGACAGUAUGCUCCGGUUGCUUACCAGAACCAGAUACAAUUUGAACAUAUUGCCCGAGAAUGUCGGCUUGGCAACAAAGAAGGUCGUCCUUUCUCUGGGGUCACUGCUUGCGUAGACUUCUGUACCCAUGCCCACAGGGACAUUCACAACAUGAAUAAUGGAAGUACUGUGGUUUGUACCUUGACACGAGAAGAUAACCGCUCAUUUGGUAUCAUUCCUCAAGAUGAGCAGCUGCAUGUUCUACCCCUUUAUAAAUUAUCAGACACAGAUGAGUUUGGCUCAAGGGAAGGAAUGGAAGCUAAGAUCAGAUCUGGGGCCAUUGAUGUCCUCACACCGUGUCGCAAAAAAAGAACAUGUUUUACUCAGCCAAUUCCUCGUUGUGGGAAGAAAAGAGCAGCGAUGAUGACAGAAGUCUUCACGCGUAAGAUAAAGGCUGUGGAGAAGAAACUCAUUCCUCGAAUCAAGCGGAAGAAUAACUCGACAGUGCACAACAGUAAGGCUUCAUCCCUGUCGCAUUUAGGGAAUAAAACUGAGACCUUGCAACCUGAAAUAAAAAGUGAAACUGAACCCAAUUUUAUCUUCAAAGGUUCGGACAACAUUCAAAUGUACUCACUGAUCCCAUCCAUUCCUCACCCAGUGAAAGAGGCACAUUUAUCCCGAGACUUCUCGUCCACCAACACUGCUUCGACCUCAACAUCUUUUAAGAACGAUGCCUCGGUUUCGUGCGGGUUUCCAGAAAGAAGUAGCGAUCCCGACUGCACGAUGCCUUCUGGGAGACAGAGUGAUGCUCAUGGUGCUGCUGGGGAAUGCGCUGGAAUCGCACAGCCUGGUGAAGUGAGUCCUCUUCCCACUUGGCCUACUCCCAUGUCCGAUUCCCUGGUUGGUUCUGAGCCUCCCGCUGGUCCAUCUGAGCAGAUACCUUCUAAUGAGCCAAACCAGCAGCCCCCGCUCAUCACCUCUGCUCCUGAACUUGCUUCCUCUCUGAUGGAAGAUGAGCAGCAUUCGGAAGCAGAUGAGCCUCCAUCAGAUGACCCCCUAUCAGAUGACCCCCUGUCACCCACUGAGGCGAAAUUGCCCCACAUUGAAGAGUAUUGGUCAGAUAGUGAGCACAUCUUUUUGGAUGCCAGUGUUGGUGGGGUGGCCAUAGCACCUGCUCAUGGCUCUGUUUUAAUUGAGUGUGCCCGGCGAGAGCUUCAUGCUACAACUCCCGUCCAACACCCAAACAGGAAUCAUCCUACACGUCUCUCUCUUGUCUUCUACCAGCACAAAAAUCUAAAUAGGCCCCACCACGGUUUUGAAAUAAACAAGAUUAAGUACGAGGCUAAAGAACCUAAGAAUAAGAAAAUUAAGGUCUCAGAGCAGAGAGAUCAGGCAGCUAAUGAGGGUCCUGAGCUGUCCCCUGAAGUUAAUGAAUUGAACCAAAUUCCUUCUCGUCAGGCAUUAACAUUAACCCAUGACAAUGUUGUCACCGUGGCCCCUUAUGCUCUCACACACGUUGCAGGGCCCUAUAACCAUUGGGUAUGAAGGCUGUUCUCCCCUUUUUAAUGCCUUUGCUAGUGCAGUGUAUUUUCCAAGGUGCUGUUAAAGGAAAGUCAUAUUGUUGUUUACUAGAUAGAUCUUCAUCUCACCCAUUUGAAGGCUGAAGUAAAACAAGCAAAUGCAGGAGGGUGGGUAUUUCUUAACUGUGACUAUAUAUUUUGACAAUUGAUAGAAGGUGCACAUUUUAAGCAAAAUUAAGAAGUUUUAUAGUUUUAAAUACAUAAAGAAACGUUUUGGUUAGGUGUAAACCUUGAGAGAAUCCCUCAGUUUGGUGCUUUAAAUAAGUCUGUUUACUAUGAAACGAGUAAUUUUUAGAGGCUUUUAACUGAUAAUGUGCUAUGAUGUAAAAUCAAGAUACACAGUGUUAACUCUACACAGCUCCUGGUGCUUAACCACAUCGACACAGUUCAUUAUAAGCUGAAUUAUUAUUUCAUGGUGCCAUUGUUUCAACAUCUUCCAAUCAUUGCUAGAAAAUAGGCAUAUUCCUUUGAAAUAAACCAAUGAAAAGUUUUCUCUCUUAAGGUGUCUCUCCUGUAUAAAAGAAUUCAUUAUUAUUAGUAAUGGUUGGACGCUGUUCAUAAAUUGUAAAUAUAUAUUUUAAAAGCACUUUCUAUUUUUAAAAUUAACUUGAAAUAGUAUAGUAUGAGAAUCCAAUUGUCUAUUGUUUGUGCAUAUUUGCAUACAAGAGAAAUCAUUCUUGCUGUGUAGAGUUCCAUCUUAUUAACUGCAAUAUGUAUUCAUACAUGUGUAUGGUUUGUGUUUUUUUAAUGUGUUCUUUCUCAUUCAAAUAUUAGCUACUUAUAAAAUCAAUCAUGCAAAAAUUGUUAAUUAUCUCAAAUUGGAAUUUGAAAGAUUAUCACCAACAUUGAUUAAUAUUUUCUUGGGAACUAAGUAAGUGUGAACGCUUAUUGAGCAACAUUGACCCCAAUUUACUUUCACUGUAACUUUCUCAAUAUAAUCAAUGAAAGGUGUUUCCGAAAGGAGAUUUGACAUAAUAGGAUUCAGAAGAGUCAAAUGCUUCUGAAGUUUCAAGGUAAUAAAAUUCAAAAAUUAAGUAGUAAGAACCCUAACCAUCCCAAAUUGCCUUAUUCUGAAAGUCAUUCUAGUAGAGACUAAAAUUUUAGUAGAAAUAUUUUGAAAACAAAUUCCUUAUCAUUGCACAUGCAAAACAAAUAGUAGGAAUGAUAUAAAUAAGUUAGUCCAAAGUAGUUUAAACAUAUUAGUUUUGGGGGAAAUGAUAACUCUUCUGAGAUAAUUGCCUAUGAUCUAGGUAACCGGAAAAUAGGCAUUCUGUUGAGUUUUUAGUCCUCCUAUUAUUUCUUCUAUUACGUUUUCCGGUUCAUAGCAAAACAAAAGAGAUUGCCCAAACCAAAUUUUAGAUCAAGAAGAAAUUUCAAUGAAAUACUUGAUUCUGUUAAAAUGCAGAGGUGCUAUAACAUUCAAAGUCUCAGAUUCCUUGGGAGUAUGGAAAACCUAAUGGUGCUUCUCCCCUGGACAUGCCACAGGAAGCCCAUAACCGCUAACACUCACAAUUUUGGUGCAAAAGCGAACAAUUCCAGUAAGCUCUCUAAAUAAAAUUAAUCAUAAAUUAUUAAAAUAAUAUAUGGUGCAAAGUAUCCGUUUCAAGCUUUUGACUAAUCAAAGUAAAGGAAUAUGAAGGGAUUGUAAAUAGCAAAAUGUCAUUGAUAGACCAUCUUGUACAUGUAGAUUUCUGCUUUUGAAUAGGUACAAUAGGGUAAUUCAUUAACUUGUUUUAGUAUUUUGUGUGCCUUAGAUUUCUGUUGUAAAACAUGUAUAUUUUUGUGAGCCUCUGGUUUCUUAUACAUUUAAGUAUAUAAAUAAGUGAUUGUUUAUUGUUUCAGCUGCUUAAAUAAGAUAUUUACUAGUAGUAGACCAUCAGGAAUAUACCCUUGUAAUAUUUUAUUUUAGGCCUUAGCUCUCACUACAAGUUAUUUUCUCACCAGAUUUAAUGGAUAAAACUUAAAGAUCCUUUAUCCAUCCACCCAUCUAUCCAUUCAACACUUAUUGAAUGUCUGCAAAUUUAAGUAAUAGCUUUUGUUUUCUUUGAAUCACCACCCAAGACAGUAAACUUGAAGAAUUAAAAUCCUAGAAGAUACUCUAACACACAUUUUUCAAAAAAAAAAA